UAACUGGUUAAAGUGACAACAUUGUGGGCAACUUAAUUCAUCAACUUUCACUUUUCCAAUUGUUUCUGUAAAACCUUUAAAUCUUCAGCUAAUGUGAUCAAGUGUCUCACCUAAACAAUCAACCAGUGGUUUAAGUAAAACUCAUCAUUCACCAUACACUAUUAUCGUCAAAUUGAAAGUUAAAUACAAUUAGGAAAACAAUGAAGAUCAUUUUGUUAAUCACCAUUUUUACUUGUUGCGCUUUGAAUCCAGCGCUUUCAGCUUAUACAAGGGAGAAAAGGUUGGUUCGUUAUCCUUUCCCUGGACCUCGAGCUGAUGCCGGUCGCGAUGAAAAUGCUGAAGCUUAUGGUGCAGCCGUUGCAGCUCCAUUGUCACCUCGAGUUAAACGUAAACCUCAGUAUGAAGAGUUAGUUGAGGAUUAUUCAAAAGAGACUUACUCACAACCCAAUGGCCGAUCCUCUGUAAGAUCGUCUGCAUCUGGUGCUGCAUCAGCAGCUCAGACUUACAGGCCAACUGUUGCUGAUCCUUAUGGUGAACAAUCUUAUCGAUCAUCCCAACCUUCAGCUUAUUCAUCUUCUGGUUCCCCUGAUUCACGUUAUCAAUCAGCUGGUUUCGCAUCCAGAUCUUCCGGUGAUUCGUAUGAAUCAAACAAUCGUAAAGAAGCUAAAGCCAAGGAGGAAGCUGAGGAAGAAAAGAAACCAAGUCGAUUAGAGCUUCUUUUGGCUCAAUCUAAAUUUACUUGUAAUGGUAAAAAGGAUGGUUACUAUGCUGAUGCUUCUGUUGCUUGUCAAGUCUUCCAUUACUGUGUCGGUGGUGCCAAACAUUCAUGGCAAUGUCCAGAAGGAACCGUUUUCCAUCAAGUUCACUUGAACUGUGUCCCAGCCAGCCAAGAUAUUUGUGCUCAAUCCGAGAAAUUCUUUGUUGUCAAUGAUUACCUUCACAAGCCAAUUGAUAAUGGUGGACCCAACAAUAGUGUCCGAUAUCAUCAAAGAUAUUACCCUGAAGAAUUCCUUGGAGAUCCAUUAGCUGCUGCUUUCCCUGCUGGUGUUGAAGGUGUUCAAUCAUACCCUGCCAAACCAGUUGCUGUUGGUGCUGGCUCUGGUCAAUCUGCCCCUCGAUCUCCUCAAGGCUAUUCAGACUCUUAUGAACAUGAUUAUAGUGGUGAAGAUAAUCGUCAAUCAUCUCCUUAUAGAUCACAACCAGUCGCUGCACCAAGACCAGUUGCACCACGAACCCAACCAAGCUAUUCACCUUACUCAUCAAAGCCUAAACCAUUGGCUUCAGGACCCCCUUCACAGCCUUCUUAUACCUUCUCAGCUAAACCAUACGCUGGUUCAGGAUACGCUUCAGACGCAUCUCGAUCUUCAUACUCUAAUGAUGAAACGGAUGAAAGAUCAUCAUCUCCCUAUCGACCAACACCCUCACCAUAUUCAGGAUCAACUCGUCCAUAUUCAGGCUACUCUGGUCCAUCAUCUUCAUCUUCCUCAUCAUCACCGCCAUAUGCUCCACCAACUUCAUCAUCAAGUUACUCACCUUACAAACCUGUAACCCUUUCAAGUCCUUCACCAAACUAUGGAUACUCACGACCAUCAUCAUCACCCGUAUCUUCUUCAGGUUCAGCCUACAAUUCAAAACCAAGUUCCGUGCCUUACUCUUCAUUCCCAUCAUAUUCACCUUACUCAUCCAGCGCAUAUGGAUCAUCUGCUGCCUCCGAAAGAAACGUCAGACCAUCGUCUUACGCUCCUCGAGGAUAUUCAGGAACCUCAAGUAAACCAUAUGGAUACAGUGGUGUUACUUAUGAGGAAGAUUAUUAAUUAAAAGGCCAUACAAUUUGAUGAAAAGCGAAUGAAAAAUACAAAUUUUCAUCAUGGAAAUAGCCAAGUCAUCUUAUAAACUAACAUCAUAAUCAUCUCUAACAUCUUCAACAUCAUCACAACUUUCACCUUUCAUUUCUCAACUUCAAGCAAGAUCUUGAAGCUUGAUUUGAUUCAAUAUAUCAUCCAGAGAAAUUACCUUGUUAAAUCUUAUACUUUCAAGAUAAUUGAUUAUUAUUAUAAGAUAAUUUUAUAAAUAAGCGACCACACUUUUUUUACCAAUUGUACUUUUUUCCAUCGACUUAAAUCGAUAAACAAUAUAACUUAUACAAUUUUUAAUGUUUCACUUUUUUCACGAAUCGUUCAAAUUAAAAUUGGAUCGCAAAGAUCAUCUCUCAAUCAAAAAUUUAGGCACUUCAAGAUUUACUCAUAAUAGUUUAUUGUAAUAAUUAUUUCCAUAGAAAUCAAAUUAAACAAUUGUUUUAGUUU